GCCAUGCUGGAUUCCUAGCCCAGGCCUCCCUCUCAGUUCCCUUCCCUGCAAGAAGCUCGGUAAGGGCGGGUUCCAGAAGACACAGCUGUGAUCUGGGAGGUGCUGAGCUCCCACCUGCGACCCGUGGCUGGGGAGGGCCCAGUAAUGACAGCAUGGCAGUGCCCCCAAGAGGGAGGGGCCAUAGGACCACCCAGAAACCUGAAGCGUUCUUUCCUGCAGGGGUGCAACGGACAGAGCCCAGUCCUGAGAGGCCCGCGUGCAGCCGCAGGAGCCGACCUGGAGAUCUCAUGAUGGCCUCGGAGCACAGGGAUGUCCUCGUGCUGCUGCCCAGCCGGGAGCAGCUGCGGCUGGCCGUGGGGGUGAAGGCCACUGGCCUGGAGCUUUUCCAGCAAGUGUGCAACGUGCUGAGCAUCAGAGACACCCAGUUCUUCGGCCUCUGUGUGGUCAGAAACAAUGAGUAUCUAUUUAUGGAUCUGGAGCAAAAGCUCAGCAAGUACUUCCCAAAAGACUGGAAGAGAGAAAGGUAUCAAGGAAGCAAGAAAUGCAGAGCGCCCUUCGUGGCCUUCCUCCGAGUGCGGCACUACGUGGAAAACGGAAGGAGCGACCCCCGGGCACGGCACCUGUACUACUGCCACCUGAAGGAGCGUGUGCUUCGGUCCCAGUGCGCCCACCAGGAGGAGGCCUACUUCCUGCUGGCCACCUGUGCGCUGCAGGCUGACCUGGGCGAGCACUGGGCACCGGCCCAUGCCGGGAGGUACUUUGAGCCACACUCCUACUUCCCACAGUGGAUCAUCACCAAGAGGGGGAUUGACUACAUCUUUCGGCAUAUGCCCGCCCUGCUCUGCGAGCGCCAGGGCCUGAGCCCCAAGCAGGCCAUGCUGCGCUCCAUCCAAGAGGCCUGCCGGCUGGAGGACGUGCCCGUGCACUUCUUCAGGCUGUACAAGGAUAAGGAGGAAGUUUGCUCCACCGUGAUCCUGGGACUGACCCUCAGGGGAGUGCACAUCUACCAGCUGACGGGAGGGGGGAAGAAGCUGGAGAUCUGGCCGGACGGGCUGCCCGCGGCGCGGAAGCUGGUUUAUUACACGGGCUGGCGCUCACGGCACCUGCUGCACCUGCUGCGCACCAGCCACCAGCUCCAGCUCCGCAUGCGGCCUGCGCUACACGUGCUGCGGCGGCGGGAGGAGGCAGAAGAGAAGCAGCGCUACCGGGAGUCGUACAUCAGCGAUGGGCUGGAGCCGGACCUGGACCCAUCCAGCAGGGGCUCCCCGGGCAGCGGGGGCAGCAGGGACAGUGGGGACAGCAGCCAGCACUGCCCCCACCACCUCUCACUCCACUCCACCGACAGCCACGGCAGCUCCCACACGGCAGGCAUCGAGGCAGACUCCCGGCUCAGGGAAUCCAGAGAGAUGCUUGUGGACCCGCCCUCAGGGGUCCAGGGGCUCCCGGAGAAGGCGCCGUCCUCCGGCCCCAGGACCAGUGGCAGCCGCCCUGGCACACAUGACAGCCAAGGACCAGCCCAGGAUCCCUGUGCCCACGUCAGGACCAGAGGCCACAGCGCUCAGGUCGUGUACCAGAUCCGAGAGAUGAAAGCCGGGGCCAGUGAGGAGCAACAUAGCUGCAGCCUGGACGGUACGCGUCUGCACCAGCUGGCCCUGCACCCAGAGCCUGCCUCACUCUGCCACACCUUCCACUGCACCCUGGACCUCAGGCUGGCAUGCCCCUGCGAGACCAGGGCCACGCUCCCCAGCAGCAGGUCCAGGAACUGCCUGGCUCUGGACCUGCUCAGGGAGGCCCCGCCCCCACAGGAGUCUGUGGUGUAGGCACCAUCUACCCAGCAGCACCAUCUACACUGCCAGCCUCAGGUAGCUCAGCCCCCACCCACCCACUGCCACAUGGCCCUUGGCCCUUCCUGCCCACCGGAUGCUGCCCCCACCUCCGCAGCCAGCACGCUCCACAGGCUCACCUGGGACAGGUGUGGAGCCGGCUCUGACAUCAACCUGGGAGGUGACAGACAGUCCCACACCUCAUGCCUGCCCGAGGUGCACCUGGGAGCUCCUUCCGUCGGGGUCUCCAGGGAGUAGGUUCAAGGUCUGGCAGGUUCAAAGCCAUGGUGUUGACCUUAGCCCCUCACCCGUCCUAACCUGGGAGAGAAGGUGACAGUGGGCCCCAAACCUGGAGAGAGAGCUCUGACGUUUACGACAGCUCCCUGGGAGACAGUACUGGUGGGCACCGGCUUCCAGGGCCCCUGAGCCGAGUUCACGGUGGCUGUUGCUGUGCAGGACCCAGGCCCCUUCCAGACCUGGACCCUCCUGCAGUUCCUGCUUGCAAGUGCUGGGCCUGUCAGACGGAGGCCCCUCCUGAGACGCAAGCCCAGAACUGUCACCUCAGACCCAGCCCAGACCCUCACCCACCACCCAUGUGAGUGACACACAGAAAUUAGUCAAUGACUGUGCUUUCCCUUCCAAGUAAGACCCCACUGCCCCCAGGCUAAAGCCAACUCUGCUGCCACCUCAGCCAUGAUGCCUCAGGGCCCGGUCUGCUCACAGCACAGGUGGCUUC